UGCCCCGCGGCAGACCCGUCGCGCGCGCGCGCCUAUAAAAGCGUGCUCUAGACCGGAGAGCGGAGACACAGGCACAGCAGCACCCCACGUAAAGCGGACUCGGUCGAUCGCCAAAGCUCACAGGUGGUUGCUGCAAUGGAGUCCACGAAGGUCUCCGCGCUGCUGGUUCUGGCCAUGCUCGUGCUCUCCUCGCCCACUGUCGUGCUCGCCUGCUCCCCCGCCUCCGGGUGCGGCAGUGGCACGCCGUCGAGCGGCACGCCCUCGGGCGGCGGCAUCAGCAUCUCCCCGGUCAUCGGCGUCGUCGGUGGCACCGUCACUCCGGUCAUCGGCGUCGUCGGUGGCACCGUCACUCCGGUCAUCGGUGGCGCCGCCCCGACCGCGGGCGGCGUCGUCGGCAAGGUCACCCCUGCCGUAGGCGGCAUGGUCCCUGCCGUUGGCGGCGUCGCCGGCAAAGUUGGCGGCAUGGUCGCUCCAGUGGUCGGCACCGUCGGCGGCGUGGCCGGCAAAGUCACCCCCGCCGUAGGCGGCAUGGCCCCUGCCGUUGGCGGCGUGGUCGGCACCGUUGGCGGCAUGGUCGCUCCAGUGGUCGGCACCGUCGGCGGCGUGGCCGGCAAAGUCCCGGCGGCCGGGGGAGUCGUCUCCCCCGUCGUCGGCAUCAUCGGUCCCAUCAUCGGCAUCGGCGGGAGCCCGGCGUCCCCCUCGCCCAAACGCCACGGCGGACGCAAGGCGUGCCCUCCCUCACCCCCGACCCCGACCCCGUCUCCCCCGACGCCCACCCCGGCGCCGACGCCCCCGACGCCCACGCCGUCCUCCGACACGUGCCCGAUCGACACGCUGAAGCUGGGCGUGUGCCUGGACCUGCUCGGCAACGAGCUCCACAUCGGCGACGCCAGCGUCAAGUGCUGCCCCCUGGUGCAGGGCAUCGCCGGGCUCACCGCCGCGGCGUGCCUCUGCACCGCCAUCAAGGCCAAGGUGCUCAACCUCGCCCUCUACGUGCCCCUCGCCCUCCAGCUGCUCGUCAACGACUGCGGCUGCGCCGUGCCGCCGGGAUACACCUGCGCCUGAUCCGUCCGUCCGUCCGUUCCACGUUCCCGCGCAUGCAUGCAGUGCAGUGCAUAAUUUAUUGUGCCACGAGUUUGAAAUCAAGGUUGUGUCGAUGAAGCCACUCGCUUCCGGUUUGUUCAUUUAGUGCUACUACAACAUUUAUUUUAUUUUUAUUAUUAUUGUCAUCAUUCCGUUUGAAAUCUUGUAAGAUUUGUAUAUCCAGUGGCUAUGGAAGGUGUAAUUGUAUGUUGUGUAC